AUGCUAGAUCCUGAGGGCAGUGUGGAGCACAAGCCUUCCUCUUCCUUCCCCAAAGUUUUCCUCAUCCCUCUAGCCAUGCUCCUUGCAAUUGCAGCACUCCUGCUCUUAGCAUUUUCUGCUACGCAGCAGAAAGAGCCUGAUUUUUACACUUUCAAAGUUGUAAACAUCAGGGGCAAACUAGUCUCUCUGGAGAAAUACAGGGGCUCGGUGUCGCUAGUUGUCAACGUUGCAAGUGAGUGUGGGUAUACAGAUAGCCACUACAAGGCCUUACAACAGCUACAGAGAGACCUCGGCCCAUAUCAUUUCAAUGUGCUGGCAUUCCCAUGCAAUCAGUUUGGGCAGCAAGAACCAGACACUAACAAAGAAAUUGAGAGUUUUGCGCGAAAGACUUAUGGUGCCUCCUUUCCUAUGUUCAGCAAAAUUGCAGUCAGCGGAGCUGGUGCAAUUCCUGCCUUCAAGUACUUAAUUGAUUCUACAGGAGAAGAACCAACCUGGAACUUCUGGAAAUACCUGGUGGACCCCAAUGGGAAAGUAGUAAAGGCCUGGGACUCUACUGUCUCUGUUGAAGAAAUAAGACCUUAUGUUACAGAACUUGUAAGGAAAAUCAUCCUGAAGAAGAAAGAUGAAUUAUGACUUUCAAAAAUCCCAGCAUGCCAAUUAUAUCUUUAUUGAGAAUUAGGGCUGGACUUCACAUUCCAAAAGAGAGUAUAUGGGGAAGGGAAAUCAUGAUCAGUGGAAUCUAUAUUCACCAUCCUAAGAAUGUAGAAAACAGCAAGUUAGCAUGGUCAAAGUAAUUUAAAUUUUUUCUCCAACUGAAUUCGGUUUCACCUUUCUGGGAAAGAAGAACUCAUCAGCAACUGUUUCUUUACCAAUUCAAAUUAUUAAUUGUUGGUAACACUAUAGGAAGUCAGUUCAUGUACCUUUAGGAAGAAGGCUCAGAAUAAUGGGAAUUUCCUGAUUGGGAUCUCAUUGAUAUCUACAAAUCUGUUGUAAUAUUUUGAUUGCAAACUGAAUGAAAAAAUAAAGAGUAAAAAAUGC